AGAGCCACUCCAUCUGAGGAUGGCUGCGUGUCCACAUACGAGGGGACAGGGCUGAGGAUGAGGAGAACCGUGGGGACCCAGAAGACCGUGCCUUGCCCGAAGUCCAGCCUGUAGGCCUGAAGGACUUGCCCUAACGGAGCCUCAACAACUGCCUGAUGGGAAAACUGAGACUCUGAGAGGUUAAAUGACUCGGGUGUGUCAGAAUCCAGAGCUCAAGGUCUUCUCUACAAGCGGAGGUGAUUCCUACUUCAGCCCCUUGGUGUGAGCAGCUUCUCAACAUGAACUACAGCCUCUACUUGGCCUUCAUGUGUCUGAGUCUCUUCACUGAAAGGAUGUGCAUCCAGGGGAAUCACUUCAACGUCAAGGUCGGCAGAAGUGACAAGCUUUCCCUGCCUGGCUUUGAGAACCUCACAGCAGGAUAUAACAAAUUUCUCAGGCCCAAUUUUGGUGGAGAACCCGUACAGAUAGCGCUGACUCUGGACAUUGCAAGUAUCUCUAGCAUUUCAGAGAGUAACAUGGACUACACAGCCACCAUAUACCUCCGACAGCGCUGGAUGGACCAGCGGCUGGUGUUUGAAGGCAACAAGAGCUUCACUCUGGAUGCCCGCCUCGUGGAGUUCCUCUGGGUGCCAGAUACUUACAUUGUGGAGUCCAAGAAGUCCUUCCUCCAUGAAGUCACUGUGGGAAACAGGCUCAUCCGCCUCUUCUCCAAUGGCACGGUCCUGUAUGCCCUCAGAAUCACAACAACUGUUGCAUGUAACAUGGAUCUGUCUAAAUACCCCAUGGACACACAGACAUGCAAGUUGCAGCUGGAAAGCUGGGGCUAUGAUGGAAAUGACGUGGAGUUCACCUGGCUGAGAGGGAACGACUCUGUGCGUGGACUGGAACACCUGCGGCUUGCCCAGUACACCAUAGAGCGGUAUUUCACCUUAGUCACCAGAUCGCAGCAGGAGACAGGAAAUUACACUAGAUUGGUCUUACAGUUUGAGCUUCGGAGGAAUGUUUUGUAUUUCAUUUUGGAAACCUACGUUCCUUCCACUUUCCUGGUGGUGUUGUCCUGGGUUUCAUUUUGGAUCUCUCUCGAUUCAGUCCCUGCAAGAACUUGCAUUGGAGUGACGACCGUGUUAUCGAUGACCACGCUGAUGAUCGGGUCCCGCGCUUCCCUUCCCAACACCAACUGCUUCAUCAAGGCCAUCGAUGUGUACCUGGGGAUCUGCUUUAGCUUCGUGUUUGGCGCCUUGCUGGAAUACGCAGUUGCUCACUACAGUUCCUUACAGCAGAUGGCAGCCAAAGACAGGGGGACAACGAAGGAAGUGGAAGAAGUCAGUAUUACUAAUAUCAUCAACAGCUCCAUCUCCAGCUUUAAACGGAAGAUCAGCUUUGCCAGCAUUGAAAUUUCCAGUGACAAUGUUGACUACAGUGACUUGACAAUGAAAACCAGCGACAAGUUCAAGUUUGUCUUCCGAGAAAAGAUGGGCAGGAUUGUUGAUUAUUUCACAAUUCAAAACCCCAGUAAUGUUGAUCACUAUUCCAAACUACUGUUUCCCUUGAUUUUUAUGCUAGCCAAUGUAUUUUACUGGGCAUACUACAUGUAUUUUUGAGUCAAUGUUAAAUUUCUUGCAUGCCAUAGGUCUUCAACAGGACAAGAUAAUGAUGUAAAUGGUAUUUUGGGCCAAGGGUGCACCCACAUCCAAUGGUGCUACAAGUGACUGAAAUAAUAUUUGAGCCUUUCUGCUCAAAGAAUGAACCUCCAACCAUUAUUCUAAGCUAUGUAGAAGUCUAGCAUUACAGGAUCUUGUAAUAGAAACAUCAGUCCAUUCCUCUUUCAUCUUAAUCGAGGACAUUCCCAUGGAGCCAAGAUUACAAAUGUACUCAGGGCUGUUUACUCGGUGGCUCCCUGGUUUGCAUUUACCUCAUAUAAAGAAUGGGAAGGAGACCACUGGGUAACCCUCAAGUGUCAGAAGUUGUUUCUAAAGUAAUCAUACAUGUUUUUUACUAAAUCUCUGCAGUGCUUAUAAAAUACAUUAUUGCCUAUUUAGGGAGUAACAUUUUCUAGUUUUUGUUUCUGGUUAAAAUGAAAUACGGGCUUAUGUCAAUUCAUUGGAAGUCAAUGCACUAACUCAAUACCAAGAUGAGUUUUUAAAUAAUGAAUAUUAUUUAAUACCACAACAGAAUUAUCCCCAAAUUCCAAUAAGUCCUAUCAUUGAAAAUUCAAAUAUAAGUGAAGAAAAAAUUAGUAGAUCAAUAAUCUAAGCAAAUCCCUUGGUUCUAAGAUACAAUGGAUUCCCCACACUGGAAAGACUCUGAGGCUUUACUCCCCCACUAUGCAUAUCUUAUCGUUUUAUUAUUAUACACACAUCCAUCCUAAACAUCCAACCUAAACAAUACUAAAGCCCUUUUCCCACGCAUGGAUGGAAAUGGAAGAUUUUUUUUUUAACUUGUUCUAGAAGUCUUAAUAUGGGCUGUUGCCAUGAAGGCUUGCAGAAUUGAGUCCAUUUUCUAGCUGCCUUUAUUCACAUACUGAUGGGGUACUGAAAGUACUGGGUUGACUCAGAGAGUCGCUGUCAUUCUGUCAUUGCUGCUACUCUAACACUGAGCAACACUUUCCCAGUGGCAGAUCCCCUGUAUCAUUCCAAGAGGAGCAUUCAUCCCUUUGCUCUCAUGAUCAGGAAUGAUGCUUAUUAGAAAACAAACUGCAUGACCCAGGAACAAGUGGCUUAGCUUAAGUACACUUGGCUUUGCUCGGAUCCCUGAUCCUUCCAGCUGGUCUGCUCUGAGUGGCUUAUCCUGCAUGAGCAGGAGCAUGCUGGCCCUGAGUACUGAACUUUCUGAGUAACAAUGAGAUAUGUUACAGAACCUAUGUUCAGGUUGCGGGUGAGCUGUCCUCUCCAAAUCCAGCCAGAGAUGCACAUUCCUUGGCCAGUCUCAGCCAACAGUACCAAAAGUGAUUUUUGAGUGUGCCAGGGUAAAGGCUUCCAGUUCAGCCUCAGUUACUUUAGACAAUCUCCAUCUUUAAUUUCUUAGCUUCCUGUUCUAAUAAAUGCAUGGCUUUACCUUUCCUGUCAGAAAUAAACCAUGGCUCUAAAAAAUGGUUUAUCUUCUGUAACUCCCUAUAGCCACAGGUUCUCAUUCCUUUUCCCAUUAUACUUCUUACAAUUCAGUUUCUACGAGUUUGAUCACCUGAUUUUUUAACAAAAUGUUUCUAAUGAGAAUGGGUGGGGGUGCUGGUGAAAAGAGGUGAAAUGUGGGUGUAUGAGCCAAUCAUAUUUGUGAUUUUUUUAAAAAAAGUUUAAAAGGAAAUAUCUGUUCUGAAACUCCAUUUAAGCAUUAUAUAAAAACAAUGAUAAAGAUGUGAAACUGAAAUAAAUAUACCAUAUUAGCUACCCACCAAAUCAAGUGAUCAUCUAAACAAUGAUUGUUAUAAGAUCCAAUUUGGAGAAGGUGUGUAUCACAGUGCAAACUCAAUGGGCUCACAUUCUUCUAUCCUCAUGUUCCCCCAACCCCAGACAGUACAUAUAUAUGCUCAAGACACACAUACUAACCCUACCAUUAAUAUCUUCUGCCAAGCAAAUAGUUAAUGCUGGUGACACAGCCAAUGUUUUCUUUGACAUCACUGCACCACGACACUUGCCUUGCAGUUAAACAAUUGAGCCUGGUGAUAGCGAAA